GAUACCUUACAUACUUUACCCAAGUGUCGCUCAUUCAGGCAGAUCUGGCGCAUACGCACGCCGACGUACGCACGCUCUAAAGCUGAGCACGCAACCUCUGGUACACUUUUCUUUUGAUCUCUUUGUGCAGCCAUGUCCGAGGCACUUGUGAGCCGCGUGGUGCGAUACACCCACGAGUUGCUGCACUCUCCAGCAGCUAACGACAUCAUGGUGCAUGCGCACAAGCUGUUCGCGCGCAUGGGUUUCCCAGAGCCGUACCCGGAUGCUGAGCGUCUUGCCAUCGCCUUGCUCACUGGCAUCUUCACUCUGUUGGCCUACUUUGUGCUCUUCGGCAAGCGUCACCGCAGACGGAGAAAGGUGCUGCAACAGGACCUGGAUAAGGCCUACCAGAAGGUGCAGGAGCUGCAAGAUCGCAUGGCUCAGAUGGAGGUGGAGGAGCGCGCUGAGCCUCCUAAGGAGCAGAUCCGUAUCUGGAUGGACGGUGCCUUCGACAUGAUGCAUUACGGACACAUGAACGCCUUCCGUCAGGCCAGAUCACUCGGCACGUACCUCGUUGUGGGCGUCAAUGAUGAUGAAUCUAUUACGGCCUGCAAAGGUGCACCUCCUGUGCUCAAUAACGAAGAGCGUAUCGCAUCUGUGAAGGGCUGCAAGUUUGUGGAUGUAGUGGAGCCGCACUGUCCCUACAUUAUGAACGAGGAGUAUCUACAGCGUAUGAUCAAGAAGCACCGUAUCGACUACGUAGUGCACGGAGACGACCCGUGCAUCGUGGACGGCAAGGACGUGUACGAGUCGGCUCAGAAACUCGGCAAGUACAGAACUAUCCCGCGUACUGAGGGUGUGUCUACCAGUGACAUUCUUGGCCGUAUGCUCGUGAUGCACAAGACCCACCACACGCACGACCACUUCGCUGCCAACGGCCAAUUGUCGUCGCGUAUGUUACAGGACAAGAAGGCCAAGGAGCGUCCGUCCAAGUUCUUGACGACGAACCGCAUGUUGCGCUUGUUCUCUGUGGGAAACCAUGAGCCCUUGAAGACGGACAAGAUCGUCUACAUUGAUGGAGCAUUCGAUAUGUUCCACGCCGGCCACGUCGAGAUCUUGCGUCUUGCCAAGCAACAGGGCUCGUACCUUAUUGUGGGUGUGCACAAUGACAGCGUGGUGAACGCCCACCGUGGCCUCAACUACCCGAUUAUGAACCUGCACGAGCGUGUGCUCAGUGUCCUUGGCUGCAAGUACGUGGACGACGUGCUGAUCGAUGCGCCAUGGCAAGUGACGCCCGAGAUGAUCGCGUCGCUUAACAUUUCCGUUGUCGUGCACGGUACCCACCGCGACCAGCACCAUCUGCCCGAGUUCUCCCUGGAGGAACACUACGAGCACGCACGUAAGGCCGGCAUCUUCCAGUUGAUCCAGAGCCCCAUCAAACUGGAUGUGAACGACAUCGUGGCGCGAAUCAACGACAACCGCGAGCGCUUCGAGAAGAAGUUCGUGAGCAAGAUGAAGUCCGAGGAAGAAUACUAUGCCGAUCGCUACGGCAAGACCAAGAAUUAAGGGAAAGACCGCACCGACAGACCUGUUGAUAGCAACAGAGUAAAGGUGCUAAGGAUCUCGUAGCUGCUAGUUGACGUCGUGUAUUGCUCAAUUCCAUUGCAUUGCUUUAGCCACUAAGCUACGAGCAGUGUAGCUUGCUUGUUC